UCUGCUAGAUCUGCUCAUUAAAAAUUAAGGCUCUCCACGUUGGGGAAAGUUUGGUCUCUUUUUGCAACUUUUCAUAAUUCUCUCUCACACAUACACACACUAUUCCUCUCAAUGGGAAGAGCCCCAUGUUGUUCUAAAGUGGGAAUGAGAAAAGGUACAUGGACUACAGAAGAAGACAUGCUCCUCACUAAUUAUAUCCACCUCAAAGGUGAAGGAAAUUGGAGAUCUUUGCCUAUGAAUGCUGGACUUCUUAGAUGUGGCAAGAGUUGCAGACUGAGAUGGGUAAACUAUCUUCGACCAGGUAUUAAGAGAGGAAAUUUCAGUCCAGAGGAAGAUGAUCUUAUCAUCCGUCUUCAUUCACUCCUAGGCGCUCGAUGGUCCCUGAUUGCUGGAAGAUUGUCAGGAAGAACUGAUAACGAGAUCAAGAAUCAUUGGCACGCGAAUCUCUUGAAGAAACUCAAGGCAGCAGGAAUCGAACCAAAACCUAAAAAAUCCACUCCGAAACGAACUAUUAAAUCUUUUAAUAAAAGAAAACAUAGACAAAACAAAGAAGAGAAACGGCAAAGACAGGCAAAAAAGUCAAGAAAGACAGAUAACCUGCUGGAACAGGAAAAGCGCCAGAGCCAGAUGGAAAAAGAUGAAGCAGUAGUUGAGAAGAUCCAAGUGCAUAUCCCAAAACCAAUAAGGCUUACUCAUGGAUAUUCAUAUUCUUCAAGCCAAAGUAGUUGUCAAGAUAAUGGUGCUGCCCAAAUUACCCUCAUGUUGAGUUCUAAGGAAGUUGACAAGAAGGAAGACAAAAUUGAAGAAAUUAAUGAUGAAAUUUAUGAGAAGAUUCAAUUGUUUGAUGAAUUGUUGAAUGGAUGUGGUGAUUUUUCAACUGAAUGCUUAGAGCCAACUAGCUGCAGUUACACCCUAAAGGAGGUUUACAAAGAGUAUUUUCAGCUUCUUUCUGAAAUUUGAGAUAUUAAUUCCUCAUCAAGCUUUUUAAAUGUUUGAUCCAAUUUUUUGAAAAUGGUUGUUUGAUGGUCACGUUGGUCCAGAAAAGAAUGAUUCAGGAGCUUUUAGAAAGUGUGCAAAUGAAUUUAAUUUUGUUUAUUUUUUUAAAUUAUGUAUCACUUCUUCUUUGUACGUAAAUUCUUAAUAUAUGACAUGACUACUACUACAACAACAACAUACCUAGUAUAGUCCCAUAAGUGGGGUCUAGGGAGGGUAAAAUGUACGCAGACCUUACCUCUACCUUGAGAGAUAAAGAGGUUGUUUCCAAUAGACCCUUGGCUUAAGAAAAGCAACUCCAAACAGGUAGAAAAAGAAGUAACGGAAGUGAAGAAGUCAUGUCAAAGCAUAUAAAAACGGAACAAAGAACUACCAGCUGUACAAGAAAUAAUAGAUAAUAACAAACAUCGAAGGACAAGAAACAACAUGAGUAAUACUACAACUGCUAACGAGACAACACUCUACUACCUACUAGCCUUCUACCCUAAUCUGUGACCUCCACAACCUCCUAUCUAGGGUCAUGUCAUCAAUAAGCUGGAACUGCGUUAUGUCUUGUCUUAUCACCUCUCCCCAUUACUUCUUCGGCUUACCUCUACCUUUCCUAAAGUCAUCAAUAGCCAACCUCUCACACCUCCGCACUGGGGCAUCCGCGCAUCUCCUCUUCACAUGCCCGAACCAUCUCAGUCUCGCUUCCCGCAUCUUUUCCUCCAACAAUGUCACUUCCACCUUGUCUCGGAUAUAUUCAUUUCUAAUCAUAUCUCUCAUAGUGUGGCCAAACAUCCAACGCAACAUCCUCAUCUCCACAACUUUCAUCUUUUGAACAUAAGCUUUCUUGACUAGUCAACACUCUGCGCCAUAUAACAUGGUAAGUCUAACCACCACUCUGUAGAACUUGCCUUUAAGUUUUGGUGGCACCUUUUUAUCAUACAAGACUCCGGACGCAAGUCUCCACUUCAUCCACCCAGUGCCAAUACGAUGAGUGACAUCCUCAUCAAUCUCCCCAUAUACUUAAAGCUUCCUCUCUUUGGGAUGACCUGAGCAUCAAGCCGCACUUCUACUCCAGCCUCAUGUGCUAUGUCACUGAACUUGCACUCUAAGUAUUUUGUCUUGGUCCUGCUCAAUCUGAACCCUUUAGACUCCAGGGUAUGUUUCCAGAUCUUCAGUUUAGCGUUAACUCCACUGCGAGUAUCAUCAAUCAGAAAUAUGUCAUCCGCAAAUAGCAUACACCAUGACACCUCAUCUUGAAUUUGCCUCGUCAAUCCAUCCAUCACUAGGGCAAAUAAAAACGGGCUAAGAACCGAUCCCUAAUGUAACCCCAUCAUAACCAAAAAGUGUUCCGAGUCACCUCCCACUAUCCUUAUUCGGGUCUUGGCUCCAAAGAUAUAUGUCUUUGAUCCCCCUAGUGUACGCCACAUGUACCUCUCUAGCCUCCAAGCAUCUCCAUAGAACCUCCUUUGGAACUUUGUCGUAUGCCUUUUCUAGAUCGAUGAACACUAUGUGUAAGUCUUUCUUCCUCUCUCUAUACUGCACAAUCAAUCUCCUCACAAGAUGAAUAACUUUCGUAGUCGAGUGCCCUGGCAUGAAUCCGAACUCUCUGAGAUAGAUACGCUCCUCCGCACCCUCAUCUCCACCACCCUCUCCUAAACUUUCAUAGUGUGGCUUAAUAGUUUUAUACCCCUAUAGUUAUUGCAAUUCUGGAUAUCCCCCUUGUUCUUAUACAACAGAAUCAUCCACCUCCAUUAUUUAGGCAUUUUUUCCGUCUUAAAUACGACGUUAAACAAUCUAGUUAGCCACUCCACACCUGUCCUGCCUGCGCUCUUCUAAAAUUCUACCGAAAUCUCGUCAAGCCCAGUUGCUUUUUUCCUGCGCAUCCUACUAAUAGCACCCUUAACCUUCUCAACCUUAAUACCCCUGCAGUAUCCAAAAUCG